GUCACAACUCAAGUUUAAAAGCUCGGAAUCCAUUCCAUUCUGCUGCUGUUUCUCUUUGUUCUCUCUUUGUUUGCUGCUCUUAUUUCAGACGGAAAAUGGUCGACAAACGUACCUGUGGAGAAAUCUGGUCCCGUGGAUUUGCAACUGGCAUCCCAGCUGUUGUGCUUCUCUUCUUGGUCAUUGCUCUUGGUUUAAACAACUCACCAGAUAGUGACAACCUUCCAUUCUCAACUGCCAAUUGCUCUAAUCUUAAUUUGGAUUUUCUUAAUCCAAACAACAUUAAGAUCUCCACUAACAUCUUCUGUGGCAUCUUUUCUGGGUUGACUCUAUUUGUCAUGGUUUAUCAGAUUGUUGUCAUUGUUUUGAAGGCUUUGCAAGUUGGUUUCUUGGAGAGCCGAACAAAUAAGAAGAUAUUCUUUUGGGUGGAUUCUAUCCUCUUGAAUAUUUUUGUUGCUGUCUUUGCUGCAAUUUGUGCUGGAGUUGUUUUCUUGUCUUCUUAUAGAAAUAGCUACUUGACAGUCUUUGACAAUCAGCUUGAUGGGAUCAGUACAAAGCACUUUGGUGUGACUACUGGCAUGCUCUGGGCAGCUUUUGGUUUUUCCAUCAGUUCCAUGUACCAGAUGAUCAGUGUUUUGGGACAUUCCUGGACUACUCAUGGCAAGUGCUCCAAAGAAGAGAACAAAGAAGAGCUGAAGAACAUGCAUUGAUUUGCUUACAUUGGAGAUGAUUCAUAACUUUUAUAUUUUUGUAGUUGACUAGUGACCUUGUAAUGUUGGUUCUUUGCAUUUACAUUAUUUUUCUAUUAAUUAAUAAAGGCACGGCUAAAAAUUUUAGAGGCGUGGUUUUGCACUUGAAUGAAUUAAAGUUUUGAUGAGUGUGUGCUAUCGCUUUGUAUGCAGUCUACCUCUCUACUUGUGUUCCACAGCAAAGAAUAAUGUCUAACAAAGUGUCUGCUAUACUCUGGUCCCGUGGUUUUUCAGCCGGCAUUCCAGCCAUCACCCUCCUGUUUUUGUGCUUGGCGAUUGGUUUUAACAAUGCUCCCUCCAAUGGCUCCCUCCCUCGCUCCCUCACAAACUGCACGAGGCUGAGCCUGAGCUCUCUGGACCCAAACUGGCUCCAGAGAUCAGUGAACAUAUUCUGUGGUUUGUUCAUAGGACUGACAGCAAUCUGUGUCUUUUAUCAAUUGAUUGUCAUUGCAUUGAAGAUCUGUGCUGAUAGUUUUAUCGACAAAAAUCUCAAGUACUUUUAUUGGAUUGAAGUCAUUUUGGCCAUUGUGUUCAUGUCUUUGUUCAUCGGGAUAAUCGUUGGCAUAUACCUCCUGACUUGGCUUAGAAGUGACUAUCUUGAUGCCUUUGAGCAACGAUUGAGAAAUGUUGACACAAAAUAUUUUAGUAUCACAUCUACAAUGCUUUGGUUUGCCUUUGGUUUCAGUAUAAGCUCAAUCUAUAAUAUGAUCAAUGUUCUUAUUUCUGUGGUGGCAAGCAAGGAUAGGUGCAGCCAGGAGUACAAUAGGAACAACAUUGAGAUGAAAUGAAUCCAAAGAAAUCCUUUGAUAUAUAACUCUGACAGUUACUAUUGAUUUUACAUUCAUUGAGUAUCUAUUUUAUUCCAUAUGUGAUAGGUCUGUGUUUAAGUAUUAUGUCUCUAUUCUUAGCAGAUGUCCAAUAAAUAUACACACUUUAA